GUAAAGUAUUCUUCUUAUAUACUAGGGCCGUUUAUUAACAUAUAAACAAAGAUUGGGAUUCAGUUACUGUCAUUCGUAAGCGCAACCCUGACAAGGCCAAGGUUGUUCGUUCAGAUUCUGAAAUUAACGCAGCCAGAAGAGCUGGUGCUGCUAUUGUCACAGACAAGAAGUCUACUGUGACCAACUCAAGCCAUGCAAACACCGAUCAUCGUCGUAUCGCGAAGAUUGACCGUGAAAACGAUGUUCCUCCUCCUCCCAAAGUCGAUUUGUCUGUCGGUAAGGCUAUCCAAAAGGGUCGUCAAGCAAAGAACAUGACACAAAAGGACUUGGCUCAAUUGAUCAAUGAAAAGCCUCAAGUUGUGAACGAAUAUGAAGCUGGUAAGGCCAUUCCUAAUCAAAACAUUUUGGGUAAGAUGGAACGUGCCCUUGGUAUCAAGUUGAGAGGAAAGAAUAUUGGUGAACCUUUGACAUUUGGCAAGAAAAAGUAGAGAUAUAACUUGUAUUUACAACCCACAUAAGCAACCACUAUUAUACAUACACACACACAUACACACACAAUUUUGUAUACACUAAAAAAAUAUUUAUAAAAAAUGAUAUUUGUUCUACGCUGGUAAACUUUUACAUUGUACAUUACUGAGUUUAAAGUGAAUAGAAACAUAUUGAUGAAUAAAAAUUGCAUCAUUCAUCAACAUACACAUAAAGAAAGAAAGGGAGAGUAAAGAGAAGGAAAGGAUUACAUAAGGAGAGUUGUUUAUGUGAAAUAGGAUUCUAUAAAUGACGCGUCCCAUGUUUAAGUGAAAAAAAAAAAAUCGCUCUAUAUCAAAUUAUUUUAAUACAAGUAAUAUAACC